AUGCCACCGCCGCGCGACGUGGACGUGUGGAUGGGCAGCCUGCCGCAGGGCGUCGACGGCGCGCGCGUCCGCGCCGCGUUCGAGCGCGCGUCGUUUCGUCCGACGCGCGUCGUCGUCAAGAAGCGCGCGUUCAAACGCGACGGCGAGACGUUCGGGUUCGCGUUCGUCUCGUUCGCGUCGGGGGACGAGGCGAGACGCGCGGUGCGCGCGCUCCACGGGAAGGAACUCGCGCUCGAUCUCGACGUCCCGGGAGGAGGAGGAGGAGGAGAAGGAGGAGGAGACUGUAACGGCGACGACGGCGACGCGUCGAGCAGGACGCGAACGAGAUUCGUGCGCGCGAACCUUCGCGUUGCGUCCGAGACGCCGCGGACGAUGCUCGCGGCGACGUCGUUCGACGUCUCGCUCGCGUCGCAGCUCGCGCCGUUGGACGCCGCGACGCUCGCGUCGAGACUCCGCGCGCUCGGAUGGCCGCGGGACGAGUCCGGGGAGGCGGCCGCGCGCGAGGCGGGCGGCGACGGCGCCGCGCGACUGUUUCUCCUCAGGAGACUCCUCUCGGCGCACGGGGAGGGGGAUGCGGACGCGUCGUCAUUCGCGGGGACACUCCUCCCGAGAAGCGUCCGGCGUCGGUGUGUCAUCCUCUCGACGCGCGAGUACGUUCGUGCGGUCCCUGGAGAGACGCUAAAAAGCGCGAUCGCGACGCUAUCGACGCUGAAGUGGCCGCGCGCGUCGCACCGCGUCGGUGUCGCGUCGAGCGAAUACCUCAGCCUGUCUUCGCUCGGGUUCGAGCGCGAGACGGAAGAUAGAACGUCAACCGUCGCCUCCCCUCCAUCCCCGGGACAGAACGCGCGGCGGCGACGGCGGAUGCGACGGUACCGAGCGGUUUGGGAACUCGCGAGAGACGUCCUCGCGUCCGUCGCCGGCGACGACGUCGCCGCCAAGUUCGACGGCCUCGCGGUGACGAAAAACUUUUCGGCGUCGCCGCACCGCGACGCGUUGGACGUCGCGCCGCAGUUCGUCUGCGCAUUCGGGGAUUACUACUCGCACUCGCGACCCGGGAUCGAACCUGGCGGGGUCGUGACCGAAACCGAAACGGGGGAAGAUGGAACGUCAACCGUCACCCCUCUGUCCCCAGAGCCUGGGACGCUGUGCGUCGAGAUCGAUCGCGAAACCGUUGGCGCGAUCGACACCAGGGACGGCGUCGCGUGCGUGGACGGCCGCGCCGUGCACUGGGUCCAGCCCGGGUACGAAGGGACGAGGUAUUCGCUCGUGUGGUAUCGUAGGAGCCCCCAUGUGGACGCCCAGGAAGCGUUCGCGUGCGCCGCGACUCCGCGGUGGUGGGAGGGAGGCGGCGGCGACCGACGGUCGUGGACAACGCCGAUAGUUUGA